ACGAAGGAAAGUAGAGUGUGGACGGAUAAAAGGAACAUUACUGAAAAUCAUUGAACGGAUGCUAUCAAUCAAAAUCCGUUAAUGCAAUAGUUCUGCGCCUACGUUGCUCUUAAGCUGAAGCUGGUGCCGGGAGAAAACGAAUAAGACAAACGUGAUUCUCGAGUGUAGGUACAAUACUCUCCACUUCACGAGGAGCAGGGAUCUGUCUCAAGUCUUAGUAUAUGAGCUGCUUCGUUGCAAAGAGACAGACGCCGCUGCUCUCUAUCAAACAUUCAAUAAAGAACGGCAUCGUUGGAUACAAAUUGAGCAUAUUUUGAACCUUUCUAAAGUUGCUAAUGAAUGCAGAUGGCAUAGUGUUUUCUUAAAUUGUGAUUUAAUCUUGAGAUGUGUAUACUUGACCGUCUUGGAAUGAUUGAGAUCUUUGCUUCGUGCUGGUGAAACUUCAAGUCAGUGGGAAUACUCCAAGAUGUUUUAGUGAGCGAUUAAAGAACCUCGCAAAGAGCCUCGAACCAGUCUAAUAUUAUUAAAGAACGCAAGAAAAAAACGGACCAAAUAACUCUAACCACGAAAGAAAAACAAAGUGUCACUAAGAUAAGUAGACGCACUUAGCACCGGAUUGCAUCAGUACAAAAAAGAAUUUCGUGUUGAAAGAUCUCAAAUUUGAAAGCCGAGCAAUCUUGGCGCAGUCUGAAGGCCAAACAAGGACAAAAGAGAAAAAAACAAAUUCGAGCUCUCUGUCAGUAAGAACUAAGGUACCACACAGUCUAAGAGACGACGUAGAAAGAUAACUAAUAAAUAAAAAAAACGCCUCAGACGUCUUACGAACACGUCAAAGAGAAUACAUCCGAAAUAUAUGUGUCGUACGAGGAGAUCUCUUUCAUUCAACAAGAACGAAGCAACUCAAGCAAGUUUAAACGAAACAAUUUCGCAGCAAUUAUUCAAUGAUGGCAACAACAACUGAAAACACUAAAUUCUCGACGACAAUUUCGUCUGGAACUCAAUCAAGAAAUGAAACAGAAGAAGUUGGAUCAUCGCUUGAGAACUACCACGGCGGAUUGAUAACUCUGGCAAUUUUAAUUUUUCUCUGUAAUCUUUUCGCGAUUCAAACCUACAAACGGCAUGAAAAAGUCAGACGAAACUGCAGUAACGUAAUGCUACUUAGCUUAGCAAUAUCUGAUAUGGUUGUUGGUGUCAUAUACCUUCCUAUUGCAAUAUUUUGUGAGAGCCAGUGGGAUAAACACUAUGAGGACGACACUUUCCUCCUAAUAUGUCGAGUAAAUUUUCUUGUUGGAAAUUUUGUAGGAUUUUCAACCAUUCUCCACGUCAUCGCUCUUACUAUUGAAAAAUAUACCGCUGUUCUUCACCCUUUUCAAAGGCUGAGCGCCGCAACUCGUGGUACUUACAGAAAAAUAUUGACAGUAGUUUGGAUUCUGUCAUUGGUGUUCGCAGGGAUACCCAUAUUCUGGCAAUUUGACAACGCCGGGUCGCUCGAAUGGCGUCAAAAAUACAACAUCUAUGGCAAAGUUCAGGCCACAUUGUUUCUUGGUCUUGCCAGUAUUAUCCUAAUGUAUUGCUACAUUCGCAUGUUUUUUCAAAUUCAUGUGAAACUUUCCUCUUCCACUCAGACUGGCCGUGUGCAAGCAAAAGCAAGGAAUGAUCGAAAAACUGUCCUCAUAUUCUUAAUGUUCUUCUUAUUUUUUAUUGCGGGCUGGGCGCCGUGGUUUUUCUUUAAUUUAAACACAGAAAAUCAAGACCUUGUUUCCCAGGAAGCUAAAGACUUCUUAGUAUCACUACGUUAUGCCGGCGCUGUACUUAAUCCAUUACUGUACAGCUUCAUCAAAAACGACUACAAGCAAGCCGUUCAAGCCGAUUUUCGUAAACUUUGCUCGAGUUGUCCGGCUGCAACUGGCUUUCAGAAGUUGGUUCAAACUAGCACCUUACAGCGAGGGAAUAAUAGCCAUGCGCACUGCACACUAUCUACCGGUGAUGGAGACGUGAAAUUGAAGAAGAUCGAAUCUAUUCAAGAUACUCCAGAGAAUGGAAGUUUUACGUCCGGCGGUCCCUCGGGAGGAAAUUUACCUUCCCUUGCUGAAGAUACAGACCUUUGAGGCAGCCGGCAGGUCAGUACACAUCAGGUGGCGUCGUACAUUUUAUCGAGAAUUAAUAUGCAUGAUGUAAUUUUGUCAAUAAACGCAUUAUCAAGAAGAGCUACAGACAAUACAGUAAUAUAAACACAGUAUUUACCUAACAAAGACAAAAACAAGUUGCAUGCAUUUGUAUCAUAUUUUCAUUUGAGAGCUUUGUCAUGAGUCAAUUAUUUCAUGUCUAUAGCUUUUUUUUAGGGGUUGGUUGUAUAAAGAGCUAGUUAACUUUUCUUACACUUAAAGACAGAACUGGCCAUAAGAAUCGUAUAUUUUGGUUUUUACUGAGAUAUAACUGACCAAAAUUUACUCUUAUACAACCGGUCGGCUUAAAGUUCAAAGAGUUCAAACCAAAAAGCAUGAGAAUUUAUUCCAUAUUUGUGUAUUUCA